GGAGCUGAGAGGGUGUUUGUGGUGCGAGUCGGGAGAGGGGGUUGGGGGCGGUUGGGCGUGCAGCGUAGUGUCCGAGUCGCGCAUCCCCGCGGUGCUCGUGUCCCCGUCCCCUUUGAGGGCUGCCGGUGCCCCCUGCCCGGGCCUGCGCUGCCGCCGCCGCCGCUCCCCCACGGGAUGCGGUUUCGGCCUGCCCCGCCAGCCCUGCCCCCCGCGCCGGCCGCAGCAUGAGCGCGGCAAGCGAUACGUACUUCCUCAUAAAAGACAUAAAACCCGGACUGAAAAACUUAAAUGUCAUCUUUAUUGUGCUGGAGAUCGGCCGAGUCACCAAGACGAAGGACGGGCAUGAGGUGAGGUCCUGCAAAGUGGCGGACAAGACGGGCAGCAUCACCAUCUCCGUGUGGGACGAGAUCGGCGGCCUCAUCCAGCCGGGGGACAUCAUCCGCCUGACCAAAGGGUAUGCAUCUCUGUGGAAAGGAUGCCUGACACUUUACACAGGACGAGGAGGAGAGCUGCAUAAAAUCGGGGAGUUCUGCAUGGUAUACUCAGAAGUGCCAAACUUCAGUGAGCCCAAUUCGGAACACAUCGGGCAGAACAAACUGGCACAGAGCGAACAGAAUAAUAGUUCUACAUCAAGUAAUAUGGGUUCUUGUACUUUUGGGCCACUGGGAAAUGGUUUACAAACUGGACCUGAAUCAAGUGGAUUUCCAUUUACAUACAAUCACAGCCACACUUUUGCAGGUAGUGGGAGAGGCAACGGACGAGGACCUGUAAAUCCAGCAUCAGCUACUAGUCAGCCUCUUCUCCCUGCUGUCAGUAAUGGGAGGGACCCACGCAGAGCCUUUAAGAGAUGACUAUGCCAAAUGCGAUUGUACAGCUUGCUUAACUCUACACUCUACUUGAACACUUACUGCACUUUUAUUUAUAGUUAACUGUGAACCAGUUUGUCCUUUACUGUUUUUUUUGUGGGUUUUUUUUAACCUUUUGGUCUAUGGAGCAAACUUGAUGUGAUCUAUCUCUUUUGCUUAGGGAAGCACAGUGAGUCUUCCCCAUAUGUUAAGGGGGUAGGGGGAGAAGGUGGAUACAAGAAAGUCAGGAUAAUGGGUUGAAGAGUCUCAAUUACAACUUGGUACCCUUUACUAAAUGGAAGAAAAUGUUGGUUACAUGUAUGUGUUUUUUUGAUUCUGUUGGUCAGCCAUAUAGCCUUAAUAGGUCUGUUAUGUCCUGUGCACACAUAUGUUGACUUCCAUUAGGGUUAAUGGGAGUUCUCUGCGUUGGAAAGGAAAUGAAGAGGAAGAGCAAAGAUGCUCUAGUCACCUGAGUGUCCUUGGAAUGAAUAUUAGCUUAUAAAAGCAAUAAGCAUAAGGAAAUGAUGGUGUCAGCACCCAAUGGUGUCUACUGAAUCAGGAUGGAUAACUCAUAUGAAAGCUGAAGAUGUGUUAAGUGUCUGAAAGCUUGACCUCUGAUUCCAAAAGGGUGUAUGCUACUUAAAAUUCUCCAUUAACACCAUAUUUACUGUCAAGGAUAAUGACACUGAUUUUUGCUUUGGAUAGAAGCUUGGAUAUUUAUUCUUGCUUUGCAUGAAAUAGCAGGAGAAGAGGAUCUAAAUUCAGACAGUAUUGGGGAAUAUGCUGUUUGUAGCCAUUUCACCUGUAAAAGCCCAAGUUUACUUUUGCAGGAGUCUGAAUUUGCAGGAAACUAUUUUCAGAUGCUGCAUUACUCAUCUCUUCAGUGAGGCUGCCUACUUCUCCUUCCUUCAUUCACUUUUCCAAAUGAAUUAUGUAUUAAAUGAAGCUGUAUAUGUGGAUUGCAGAGGUACUGGCCAAGCAUACAGCAGCACUUCUAAUGCUGCUAAGCUUUCCUUCCUCUGUUUUGUAUAAAUUAUCCCUUCAAGAACUUAACUUCAUGACUACCAUUUCCCAGAGGAAAAUAGCUGUGGUUUUAUUUCUGAGAUCACAAAUGCCUUGACUCUUACCUAGAGUCCAGUGCCAUAUUCCGAAUCAGGUUCAAAAACAACUUGGAAGCUGAAGUGUCAUACUGAAUUCAUUUGUCUCUUAUAGCUGACCUCUCAAAUAAAAAAAAAAAAUUGCACUAACCAUUUCAAACACAAAUCUUACUUUCUUUUUGUCAGGCCAUAAAGACUUUAUGACAAAAGGCUGUUUCUGAAUUGAGUUGUCUCUGUGAUUAUCCAUGUUAAUUGAAUCUACUGCUAUGUCGCUAAUGUUUACAAAUUGUUUACAUUUGAUACUUCUGCUCUUGGUACUCUUACGACCUGUUGAAAAUUGCUUCUAAUUGGCAAAAGUUCCUUGCUUAGUUUGAAAUGCCAAACUAUCUUUUAAAUGCAAGCAGUAGCAGCAACAAACUUCUGAAGGGAGGUUUAGACACCUGUUUGCCCCGAAAGCGGGGGGAAUCUGUUUGCUUCUGGUCUAGCAAAGUGUUAUCCUGACUCCCGCUUCCAGGUGGUACUAGUGAAACUUGUCUUGGAUACAAGAGGGUUGCAUGCCUCAUGAGAUGACCCACAGGUCCUGUUAACAGAAGAGCAGUGCUAACUGAUGAACCGGAAUGCAUGCUUUGACUUCUGGGGAAAUGGUAUAAGGAGAGAGUGUGUACCUCAGGGACUUUAAAUUGUGUAUUUAAGUCAUGUACAGUCUAAAUGUGUGGACACCUGAUGCAGUAUUGCAUUGUGACAUUUUAUAUGCUUGUGAGAAGGAAGCCAAGGGGACUUUUAAACCUGUGGAAUAAUGUGUGACGUUGCAGAGGUAAAUGAGAUGUAAGUAUGGUCUGAGAGCUGUGCUUUCCAUUGGUAGCUGUAAAGUUAGCAAGUGAACAAUGCAAGGGAGGAUGUGGUGGGGACUUCAUACUCAUUAGGGUAUCUCCACUAUGGAUAUCAAAUCAUGGUGGUUUUGACACAAUGAAGAAGGUUGAAAUAGGGAGGAGCCCAGUGCUAAUGUGUGUUGAGGUGCCUGAUUUUAUGAAUCUAAUAAACAGAAUACUUGUUCACAAGUUCUAAAUAAAAAGUGAGAUGAUUACUGUUGACAAAUG